UUUGUUUUGUCCCUCUCGGACACCGUAGUUGUGGCUCCGUCCGCUACGCUGCAGUUGUUGGAAGGUAAAAGGGUCUGUCCUCCGCUGAAAACAACACAGAUAUCAAUUUUACCACACGGUACUGGUAAGUGUCAUCCAUCUAUUGUUAGAAACCCCUACAGAAGUCGUUUAGCUGUCGUUACUGACACUUAAGUCUCCACAUCUCGCUAAUUGUUAGAAAGUGACAGCGAGCAGCUAACUAGCUCACUACAGGCAGCAGCAGCUAAAAAUACUCUCCAGCUGAAGUGACCCAAGGUGGGCUCAGCUCAGCUACAGGAGGGCAAACUUUGAGAGGUGAAACGUCGCAAGUGUCGUUCACAAACUGCUUUUACUCGUUGCUUAAAAUGCCGUGUAGUCGUUGUAGUAAAAACUUGUUGCUCGCCUGGUGUACAGACGGUGUUUCUGUCUGAUUUGAUGGUCUUACCCAGUUUAAGCAGUUGUUGUUCCAGUCUGAUCUGUUGUUAUGUUGAGUCCAGCUUCACAUUCAGUCUUCCCCUUGAGCUGUCUAGCCUGUCCGUAAGCCUGUUAGCUUUUCUGAGAAGCUGUUUACCUUCAUAGAACAAACAGACAGCGACCGUGAUGUGAGAAUUCACUGUUAAAGGAAAAGUCUUUGUGUGCCUCUUCACUGUGCUAUCAUUUUGUUUUCAUCACUAUACAUGAUGAAAGGCUAAAACUGUGGCAUGAAUCAUCAUAAGGUCAUUUCUGACAUGAAGACAAACACACCCUUCCAGGAUAGUGGCUCACAGAGAUUCAGUGAUAAGUUUCCUUUUCCUCUCAAAGUGGUUACUCCUUAACGUCCAUGUAGCUGAGGUUCAGGAGUGUUUUCCCCUUACAGUUGAGGUCUCAUUUUUAUAUUAAAAGUAGGGCUGGGCAAUAAAACGAUAAGGAUAUACAUUGACGAUGUUGUCAUCAACAGAUAAUAAUUAUAAUAAUAAUAACUUAAUUUAUAUAGCACUUUUAAGAACAAGAGCUUAUAAAGUGCUUUAACAUGCAGGAAAACAAAGAAGAUAAAAACAAUGUAUCAACAACAAGAGAACACUUGACAACUUUGUCAACAACAUUGGCACAAAAACGUCAGUGGUGUAGAGUUUUUUUUUGUUAUUUUUUAUUUUGAGGUCAGACAUGAAGUAAAGUCAAAAGUAUAAACUGAUGUAGAGUAUAGAUGCAUCAUGUCAGCCUGUGAGGUUAAAAAAGUGUCUAUAGGGCUGGGCGAUAAAAGAUAACUAUAUAUAGCUAAAAUUAAUUUCCCGCAAUAUCAAUAUAAAACAUGGUCAAUAUGCUUUCGAUAGUCGGCAUUCUGCCAUGUUUUGGUAGACUAUACAAAUUGCGAAUGAGAGGGGGAGUUGCUCUGGGUCUACUUUGCGCGAAACCAAUCGUGUUGAAUUAAAACUAAGUAACAAAAAACUGCAUAGUAUCAGGCUGCAGCUACAUGCAACUAUAUCACUUUAACAUGUGAAGCUGACAGCACUGUCAGUGAGAAAAAAAGGAAAAUGAGUGCUACCCCUGCUGAAAUGCAGAUGAAGGCUCAACAGAUAAAGCCAUCGUCGACAACACUGGCACUAAAACAUCAGUGGUGUGGAGGUAUUUUGUUUUUUGAGGUUGGACAUGAAGCAGAGAAAUGUGCACAGCAAAUUAUGUCGAGUACAUGUUCUUGCAAAGUUGGGGAAUACCUCAAAUCUUUUUCACCACCUGAAGAGUUGCCACGCGGCAGAGCACACGCAAUGCAAAAGGUUACAAACCCUGAGCGGAGCAAGGAGCCCAUGGUGCCUGUGCAGCCGAAACAGCCAACCAUUCAGUCAGCUUUUGAGAGACAGCAAGCUCAAUCUGUGGCAGUGACGCAAGGUGCCACUUAGUGGCAUCUGCCAGCACCUAGUGGCACCUCCCGGCAUCUGCUGCAGCACUUCGUGGCAACUUCUGGCAUCUGCUGUGGUACCUCCCAGCUGGGUGUCAGUGCCACAGAUUGAGCCAGCCCCUGCUGCUGCUGUCUGUAGUGCAACGCUUUACGACAAAACAUCAAUGAGACACAAAGAGCUCACAGAUGCAGUAGCUUAUUGUAUUGCAAAAGACAUGUUACCAAUAAGCACUGUUAAAUUUCAUUUAAGAGUAACAGGGAACAUUAAAGAUUGACAAGUGAUUUUUUUAUAUCGUGACAUAUAUAUGUAUAUACUGAUAUGUAAAAAUAUAUCGUGAUAAACUUUUUCCCAUAUCACCCAGCCCUAAUUAAAAGUUUCCAGAUCAAAGUAGAAAAAGAGUCUUUAAUUUGUAGCACAUAAGAAUCUGCUUUUCUUUCCCACUGCUCUCUGAACUCUGAAGCAUUAUGGGAAACACAAGUGACAGAGUGGCUGGAGAUCGCCAUGGAGCCAAGGCCCACCGCUCAGACAGCGGCGGCAGUCACAAAGACCAUGAGCCCAGCAGCAAGAUGGUGGACAGCACAGAUGACCCUAAUAUCUUCAACACCCACGGGCCAGAGUCUAAGGUGCUGCAGAAUAAUGGAAAUAAAAAAAUACAGAUAUUCAUACAGAAGGAUGUUUGUUCUGGCAGGAUAACUCCUUUUCAUUUAUGCCUUUUUCAUUUGAACUGUUUUCAGGCGUUAGGAGAGAAAGAAUUCACUCCAGACCUCGAUGACUUGGUGAAAACCGGUCCUCAAGCUCGACCCACUGUCAUCCGCUGGGCUGGGGGUGGGAAAGAGGUCUACAUAGCUGGUUCCUUCAAUAAUUGGAGCACAAAGAUACCACUAAAUAAGAGGUAAACACUGAUUCUAACUUUAAACAUGCUGGCUCCAACAACACGUGACAACCACACAGUUUCCACAGCUUAGUGUUUCACUUAAAAUGAUUAUUUUCUGUGUUCAAAAGCCACAAUGACUUUGUAGCCAUCCUGGACCUGCCAGAGGGGGAGCACCAGUACAAGUUUUUUGUUGAUGGACAGUGGGUUCAUGACCCCUCAGAGGUACGUCCUUUAAGUUCUUGAUUGAUGUUUAGUUUUUUGUUUUUUUUUUCUUUUUUUUUUGCUGUAAUAAUAAUAAUAAAGCUCUAGAAUGAGCAACUCAGAGCAAAUACACUUUUUAAAUUUCUUUAGAUGCUGACUAAUGUUGUUUGUGUUGCUUUUGCAAAUGUGAAGUUAUGACUGCGCAGAUACUGUAGCACUCACAGGAUUAUCUUCAAAGCUUUCUCUAAAACAAAGGGGGAGAGUAUGUGAAGUGUUCAAAGGCAUAAAUGUAAAAACAAGUGUAAAAUUCUCCCUCUGCAGCCUGUCGUCACCAGUCAGCUUGGCACCAUCAACAACCUGAUCCAGGUGAAGAAGUCAGACUUCGAAGUGUUCGACGCGCUGCACGUUGACUCCUUGGAAUGUUCAGACACAUCAGGUCAGCCUGUGCUCACAGAUUUCUCACCACUGUUUAUUUUUCCAAUCAAGCAGGUAACAAGACUGGUUAUUUUAAAAGUGUAUUUCCUUUUUUAAAUGAUCAGCAAGCCAAACAUACCAGGAUAGGAACAACAGAGCACUGAUGUAUACAGUAAAUUGUUAAGUUUUGAUACAGGUCAGAUGGAUGGAAAUAGAUCGUGUGAAAUGGUGUUAGUUUAAGGGCAAGAAGUCAGGUUUGGUUUUUGUUCUUUCAUUGUAUACUGUAAAGUUGAAUUUAAAAGUUUGGGUUUAAUCUGUUUUUUUACAUCAAUGAAGUGUGCAGACAAGAUGAAUAAAUAUGCAGGUGCAUCUCAAUAAAUUAGAAUAUCACCAAAAGUCGAUUCAUUUCAGUAGUUCAGUUCAAAAAGUGAAACUCAUAUAUUAUACAGAUUCAUCACACACAGACUGAUGUAUUUCAAGUUUUUAUUUCUUUUCAUUUAAACGAUUGUAACUGACAGCUAUUGAAAACCCUGAAUUCAGUAGCUCAGAAAAUCUGAAUAUUACCUAAGCCCCAUUAAAAAAAACGGUAGUUUCAACAGAGAAAUGUUGAACUGCUGAAAAGUAAGAACAUGUAUAGUACUCAAUACUUGGUUUUGGCUCCAUUUGCAUUAAUUACUGCUGCAAUGUGGUGCACCAUCAGUCUGUGGCACUUCUGAUUGCUCUCUUAUACCUCUUAGAUUCUCGAGGGCGUUUAGGUCAAGUGAGUUUGUUGGUCAAUCACAGGGAUAUCACGGUUCUUAAACCAGGUAUUGGUACUUUUGGCAGUAUGUGCAGGAGCCAAGUCCUGCUGGAAAAAGACUGUUUCAGACUGACAGACCAUCAAAAGACCCAGGACACCCUUGCAGGUGUUUUGAGUUAAUUAUCUGAUUAGAGUGUGACACCAUGAGUCUCUGAUAUUGAACUUCCUCUCAAUAUUUAGAUUUUCUGUGAGACUGAAUUUGGGGUUUUCAUUUGCUGUGAGUUACAAUCAUUAAAGUAAAAAGAAAUAAAACUUGAAAUAUAUCAGUCUGUGUGUGACGAACAUAUAUAAUGAGAUUUACUUUUUGAACUGAACCACUGAAAUAAAUGAACUUUUUCUAAUAUAUUGAGAUGCAUUCGUAUACCUACAUCUAAAGAAGACUUGUGUUUGUUUGUGACAGUGUGCAUCCACACCUGUCAUAUAAACAUGACAUAGCCUAAUGGCAAUCGGCUUUUUUGUUAAUUUUUAUGUUGUACUCAUUUUAAUUACAGAGCAGCCAUUGCAUCCCCGUCAGUAGUUUACUUUUGUCUGUUUAUUUUCAGAUCUCUCCAGCUCUCCUCCGGGUCCGUAUGGACAGGAACAGUACGCCUUCAGACCUGAGGAGCACUUCAAAGCUCCGCCCAUCCUCCCCCCUCACCUCCUCCAAGUUAUUCUCAACAAGGACACCAAUAUAUCAGUCAGUGCCUCCAUCCUGGUUUUAAUUGUUUUGUUAUUUUCCUCCAGUUUCUCUAAGGUUUGUAAGAUUUCUUCUUGUUUUCUCUCGGCAGUGUGAUCCUGCCCUGCUGCCUGAACCAAACCACGUGAUGCUGAACCAUCUUUAUGCUCUCUCAAUAAAGGUAAAGCAUUAUAACCUAAGCAUGCUUCCAACAAACUACUCUAAAUUAAUUCCUCUGUCAUGUUAGUUGUUGUUUCUUUGAGUGAUCCCAUCUAUGUGUUUCUGUGUUUCUUUGUUCAUUUCUAGGAUGGAGUGAUGGUGCUGAGUGCCACUCACAGAUAUAAGAAGAAAUACGUCACCUCUCUGCUCUACAAGCCGAUCUAAACCUCAUGUUUUGGUGCUCCACAGUGCUUUCACAGAGCAGCAUGUUUGUAUCCUGCUGUUUUACUUUGUAUCAUCACCUUUAGUCUAAUCUUGCACUGAAUCAAGUUUACAGGCUGAGCUGAGGGCGGGUGGCUGUGUCAUGUUUUAUUCUUUUUUUUAAAGGUUACACUUUGGUCUACAUAGGGCUCUGAACAAAAGUAGCUGUGUGUGAGAGUGAGUGAGUGCGUGUAUGUGUGUAUGUAUGUGUGUGUCAGAGAGAGAAGAUCCACAAUGUGGCUUUUACCUUUAGACGUCCACAGGCGGAGAAGAGACUCACUGAAACACUGUGUGUAUUUUAGUGUUUGCUGCACCUUGUGACUUCACGCAUGUCCGUGUGUUGAACAUAUGAUCUGCGUUUAUGUUUUUGGAUAUUCUCCCAAAAUGAGGGCUUUUUUUAUCAACCGUUUUCUUUUAAAAUGCUGUGUUAUCAUAACCUCCCCCGAUAAUAACCCCUUCACAUGAUGUUAGCAAACAGGAUAACUCGAUGAUGUAAUCUGGCCUGAGGUCAGGUCAGUGUGUUACACAGAGCAGCAGACUGGUGUUGCUUGAUGAAGAAGUGCAAUAACCUGUAAAGUUUUCAUGUUCACAGUUUCCUCUCCAGCGAUUCUCAUACAUAGACUUGAAUAUAAGCUGGUCCCAAGUUUUUCAUUGAUCCCAGUGCAAUAAAAACACACAGUUUAUUGAUAUUGAUCAGUAACGUCAUACUGAGUGGAAUGAUUAUGGUUGAAGUUGUUUUGUUUGGUCUAGUUAGUGCACUGGGAAUCCUGUCCUAGAAAUCAGCUGGUUACCAAAGUAUGAAAGUUUACAUAAGCAGCCUCUCCUGAGUUGUCAGCCAAGGAGCAGAGGUGAAACUCUGCUUUUUUAGAAUUGACUAGAAAUCAUUUAGUGUUUAUAUCUCACUUUUGUUUAUAUUAAUUGAAAAAAAAUCAAACAAAUUGGAUGUAUUGUGUGAUGGGAAAACAAGGAUUAACUGUAGGCGGCCUCUGUUUUAGGGGAGGAAAUCUAAUAGAUGUUUUCAACUGGCCAAUUCUGUUGUUGGUCGGGUGCAUUAACUAUAAUAUAGUUAAUGCAAAGCAACUAUAAGCUGCUUUGAAGGCAUUUUGUAAUGAAUCUGCAAAAGGAACUAAAUUUAACUCUACAUAGACUUCUGCUUUUGUCCUAGUUUUCAGUGAGAACUCAUCAGAUUGUUUUGAAUUUCUCACAGUUCAGCCGUCAUUCAUUGAAAUCCACAUGACCUUAAACCGAAUCCAAGAUUUCAGACAUGUAGAUGUAAAAAUAAUAUCGACUGAGUAUUUAUGUCUGAACAUAUGAGGUCACUUUUACUUCUGCUGUUGCCUUUACGUUGAUGUGAUUUUGCGAGCACUUUUCCCUCCAGUGAGCUGAGGUGUGUGGAUAUAAGCUUUGAACUAUGCAGCAGACGACAACUCUUGUACUGUAGCUUCUCUGGACUGUAAAACCACAGUUUGUGCUUUUUAUUUAUUUGUUUUUUUAGCCAUUAUAAGUUUUGCAGUGCAUUAUAUAUUUGUGCGCGUAAAAUAAGAAUGUCGUUUCCGUCACAUGCGUAGUCCACCCUAUUGUGUAAACCUGCUGCUUUGCAUGUAUUGAAUGUCCGCAACGUGCGUGGAUACGACACAUUUACCGAGUGUGAAAAAUGACCGCACAAAACUUGAAAUGUGAUCACACUUUCAGAUGAGUUCAAAGGGCUUUGAGAAUAGAUGGUUGCCAAGAAUAUCAGAGUUGUACAAAGUUUGCUCAUAUGUGUUCUUUGCAGUUUUAACAAUGUGUAUUUUGAGGUUAAGUGACUUUGAAAGUUGUGCUGUUUGAAUGUCUCCAUUUGAAGUACGGUACAGUAUAAACCUGUGGAAGCUUAGAGAGGCUGACUUGCAAUUAUUUUUUUCUCAAACUUGUAAGCUGUAAGCGCAUUUUCUCUACAUAGACAAUGAUUAGGUCAAAUUUUGAAACGAGGUCGGUCAAAUUAAUAACUGCAAGCACGGCUGCUCUCAGCUUUCAUGAAUAUCCAUGGUUGACAGGAUUGUAAAAUGGGCUUGUUUCAGAAGUCCCAUUAGUCUUCAACAAGACGCUCUGAAAGUAUUCUGUGAAUGUUGUGCCUAAAUGUGUGUCCAAAGAGUUUUUAAUAUUUACAGACAUGAAAAGGGAGCUUGGACAAACAAAAAGUUUUUAGGCUGAAUCCAAAACUUGAAUUUCACAUCAGUUUCAUGAAUGUUAUAAGAUGCUUUGCAAACCCUGCGUGGUGAAUUACUGUACAAGGUUUUACUUGUUUGAAAAUAAAGAGAGGACACGCUGGUCCCAAA